AGAAGGAGGAGCCUUCGAGCGCGCUGACUUCGCCAGAGACCGCGCGGCGCGAGCGAAUGCGUUAUGAGUGGCGCGCGGGCCGGGUCGUAGACGUGUGCGCGAAUGCGCAAAAUCUUGAAGGGAGAAGCGGGCUCGUCUGGAACUACAGCGCCGUAGGAGGAAGAGGAGGGGAGAAAGAGAAGGAGGAGGAGGAGGAGGAGGAGGAGGAGGAGGAGGAGGAGGAGUCCGUAGACAAUUCACGAGGCUGUCGACAGCCAGCUGUCGCACGCACUGGCCGCCUAGGAGAUUGCACAGCCAGAUGCUUCAAAAGAGACGCCCGAGGCCCUCUAGACUCAAGUCAAGCCCCAGGCAUCUCGGCAGCAAGAGAUGGAGGGGGAGGAGAAAGAGAAGGAGGGGAGGUGAAAAAGGAGGAGGAUGAGGGCUGGGGAUGGGGACGAGAUGACCGAGAGCUCGCAGACAAUUGCACUAAUCUGUACAAUGUCAACCCUCGCUUGCAUUAACCAUGUAUGAGGCCGCGCAGCCAAAUGCGGUCCGAAUCGGGCCGAUGGAUCCGGCUAAAGCCGGAGAGACAGCGAGAGAGACAGAAAGAGAGAGAGAGAGAGAGACCCAAAUCUUCGGAAGCUAAAGGGCUAAAGGGCUAUAGGGAUAUGGCGAGUAAUGCCACCCCUGCGCGCGGCCGGCAAGCGCGCUCACCACCCGCGACGGGAGAGAACCCGCGCGGCCUCGCCCUACAAGAGGGCGCCUGGGCGCCUGGCCGCCGCAAGCAUGAGCAACCGAGGCGCAGCGAGGCCCUGGGCGGGAGCAGGGCGAGCUCUUCAGCUGGAGUUCCUCC